UGUGCGCAUGACAUUACCCACAAUGCUUUAAAUAAACAAAAUGGCAGCCUACUGUCGAGUCGCACGAUUUUGUUGUCUGACAUCAAAAUGUCAUAUUUCCAUUAUGAAAAUCACACAAAGGACAAUAUUUUCGAAUUCUGUCAGAACAUAUUUACCACCUCCAUUUUUAAGGAGGCAGCAGUUUUUAAGCAUUUCACAUGAGAGUGAUAUUGGACGCACAGGAGUCAUAGAAUCUAAAGAAGAUUUCAAGUAUGUAAAGAGAUUAAUUCCACCUCUAAAGGUUCCAGAACCUCCUCAGCACACAAGCUACCCUACACCAUGUGGAUGGUCACCUCCUACAGGAGCUCCAGCUAAUUGUCCAUACUUUAUCAGAAGAACCAGGUACCACAAUAUUCCAGUGUAUACAGAGAUCAAAAAGCUUGGAACUCAGAUUCUCACAGUGGUGUCUCAUAUAGAGGGCGACAUUUGGGCUCUGGCAAAUGAGCUCAAAGUCUAUUUACAACCGUUUGAGGAGUAUGAUAUUCCAAUGCAAGUUCACGAAUACACUAAACAGAUACGGUAUAAAGGGAGAUUUGAAGAAAAACUUAAGGAGUAUCUGCUACGCAAAGGAUUUUGAAGGACCUGUACUAUUUAAAGUGGAGCUAUAACCUUCUAUUUAAGGUGCUAGCUUUCCAAUACCAAUGUCCUGGGUUCAAAUCCUGCGAAGCACAUGGAUUUUUUUCUCAAGACAAAAGCAGCUGCACAACUUAAACCACUUAAGAGACUUAUGUAACAUUGUAUUUUCAUUUAAGAGACACUGGCUUUUGGAUGAAGUCUAGCAAUGAUAAGCUGUAGAAUUCAGAUACGGGAAUCCAUAGAUUCUUUUUCAUUUGUGAAUAAACAAACACAAAUACAACUAUAAAGUUGGGAUUAGAAUACUUUACUAUACUAUUAUUGUUUAUUUCUCUUUCAAAUACGCACUAUUUUAGCACAAUGAUAGUCUACAAAUGAAAAAUGAAAUGUCUCUGGUUAUAAAAUAGAGGAAGAGAAGGAAAUGAAAGUGGAAACCUGUUCCAGUGUGCAGGAGCAGAAUAUAAAAAGGCAUUGUGUCUGUUGUACAGAGCUACUUAUGAAAGUGGAAAGGAAAAAUUUGUUGGAAUGAACAGUAAAAUAGCAAUCAAGCAGUCAAAAAAUAUUGGUUAUAUAUAUAUAGAGAAUGAAGUAGUCAAGGGGAAAAAAAAAUCAAAGUACAAUAAUUUUAACCUAUGUAUUUGUUGAAUAAUAUUGAAUGCGUAUGAUUGAUUAAUUCAUUUAAUUCAAAGAAGCAAUGUGUUGUCAACUUCCAAUAAAUCAUUGCUGAUUUCCAGAUGUUUGAAUACAAAUAUUUGUUAAUUGAUUACUAGCCUAUUUAUGAGUAUACACAAAAUGUAAGUUAUAAUAAUCUAUAUCAUUAUUAUAAAUUAUUGAAAGUAAUAGCUUGAACUCAUGUUCCAUUGAUCAGUCUCAAUAACAUAUGCAUCAUUUAUGAAAUUUGGGGUUCCUUCCUAGUCUACCAGUAGAGGGUAAUAACAUUUAAGAAAUAAUAAACUCCUGAAAAUCCUACCUUCAUUUGGCAUAUAUCACAAUCUCAAUCAUAUUUAUUGUCAUUGCUCAGGACAACAUAGAAAUUUGUUUAAAUCUGUUGGUAAAACACAGGCCAAAAGGCAGAACAAUUUUAGUUCAACUUACUAGGCUACUUUAUCUACUACUCUUGUUGAUAUAAUUUUAGGGGGCUUAGUCGGUUCUGGUUCUGGUGGGUAAACCCGACCUCCUUAGGACUCCAAAAAUGUAGGAGUAAAACAGGAGGGGUAGAUAUAGAGUUGAAUGAUAGGAAAGGUCCACCACCACAGUUUAAGUCAUGUUGUUCUGCAUCCUAAAUUGCAACAGAAACAGACAUCUUGUAUUCCACAGUAGCUAAAGUAUGAUGCUGAUGACUUCAUCAUUCUGUAAAGAUAACAGAUUUAGGCUUACUUAGUAUAUGCCUAUUGAGAUUCCUCAAGUAUUGUGAUAAUAACAAUUAAUUAUUUAAUAGAAAAACAAA